AUGUUAUUCAGCGGAAGAAGGCUCAUCACGGCCUUGCUCGGCGUUGCAUCUUGCCUCUUGAUCAGCCCGGCUACAGCUUUUACUAACCCGAUUCGCCGGCCAGGAGGCAGUGAUCCUCAAAUGAUAUAUUCAGACGGAUACUAUUAUUUCUUAUCUACGUCGUGGAGCAACGUGCAGAUUGCGCGGGCCACGACAAUCGAUGGCCUCAAGACGGCGACACGGAAGACCGUCUAUAGCUCGACUGAGGCGAGCCGCUGCUGUAACGUCUGGGCUCCAGAAACACAUUAUCUUGACGGAGCGUGGUAUAUUUACUUCACGGCGGGCAACAGUAAAAAUCUCGACGGUCAGAACCUGCACGUGCUAAAGGGCGGCGCUACACCAUGGGACGAUUUCACUUACGUCGGGCAACUAUCCAAUGAAUGGUCCAUUGAUGGAACCAUUAUACAAUUCGAUAAAUGGGGUACCUACCUAGCUUCCUCGUGCUUUCACGAAGUACAAUACCAGUCAUUAUGUAUGCAGAAGUUAGGGGAUGACAACGUGUCACUAAAGGGCAACAACUCGGUUAUCUCGCAACCGCUUGAGUCAUGGGAGCAAAGCAGAACACCUGUAAACGAGGGACCCUAUGCUCUAUACAUGGAAGAAAUUGGAAAGACGUACAUUGUAUACUCAGCCAACGACUGCUGGACGCCUGAAUACUGCCUCGCAACACUCGAGUGGGACGGCAAAACAGACCCGACCUCCGCCGCUGCUUGGAAAAAGUCCUCUGGUUGCGUUUUCCAAGGUGGUGUCAAUGGCCACUACGGCACUGGCCAUAAUAGCAUCGUGCGCAGCCCCGACGGCUCACAAAUUUGGAACGUCUACCAUGCUACCGACAACGUCAAUGGGUCUUGCAAUGAUAGCCGUUACACCAUGGUCCAAGUCGUCGGUAAAAAUCCAGACGGGUCCCCGAAUUUCGGUACACCCGUUGCUUUCGACUAUAAUUCUGCCGAGCCUAGCUAG